UCUCGACUUUUUGUUCUUGUCUCUGAUUACUAUAUAUUAUAUCUUACUCUUAUUUGGUGGGACUUUAUCUUAGCGCAAAGUUUCUGGCGUUCCUUAGAGUCAUUGCGCAUCUCAUCUGGUUCUCCGCCUGACCGCAGUUAGACAUGACGCACCUGCCUUAGCGUCCCAUGACUCUCCUCUGACACAAUGCUCAUAACCCAAAAUCCUGUCCAGGAUGCUGUUACCACCACUAUUGAGUCUUUGUACGGGACGCCAGGACUUCCCUUGCGAAAGUCUUUGGAAUGGCAGCAAGACACUUCGAUAAUGCCGGCGAAUACGGAGACCCUCGACGCCACGACACGGCCAGCAAAGCCCUCGGUUCUCAGGCUACAAGCUGUGGAUAGGGUACCGAACGAAGGCGACGAUGAUGAAAUCUCCACGGCAACAGACGGUCUUCUAAGCGACAGACGGCCGUCGCUACCACCGCUGGCAAAUCCGCAGGUGCCCGUCUUCACUCUACCUGCUCAUCCGUUAUUCCCACCACUUCCGGUAUACGAGCACCCCCCGUCUGCAGUUGAUACGCUGCGUUACUUAGCCAUCCGGCUUGUGUCGUUUAUGUUGUCUUUGUUCUUCCUUCUGGUUGUGGUGCUCGGUGCUUUCGUUCGCGGUAUUUGGCUUUUCCUCAUCGCGUCUGGGCACUCUAUCAUGGGGAAGAGCCCGCGGCAGCAAAGGAAGUUUCAUGCGGAGGAGCGAGUGCGGAAAUUGGACCGGAGAACGUCAUCGCGGCGGUGGAAGCUUAGACAAGAGAAAAGAGAGGUUGAUGAAGAAGCGCCAGACGACUGUCCUCCCCUGGAGGGAGGCAAGGACCCAGUCGUCGACGAUGUCACGUACUAUGCGAGGAGAGUUGGGUUAGACGUGGAGACGUAUAAAGUGCAGACGGAAGACGGAUUCAUUCUUACGCUCUGGCACGUUUACGAUCCUCAUGAAUAUAGUCCUCUUCCUGCCAGCGAGCGAGGGCCACGCGGGCCACAUGUUUUCGGCGGACAGAAAGAUCCAAAGACAUUUGGUGAUGCUCGUCGGCGGAAAUACCCCGUACUCUUGAUGCAUGGCCUGUUGCAGAAUUCUGGCGCUUAUUGUGCGAAUGAUGAUGACAGUCUUGCAUUCUUCCUGUGCAAGUCUGGAUAUGAUGUUUGGCUGGGAAAUAACCGCUGCGGGCUUGAGCCAGAGCAUAUAACGAUGCUAGAGUCUGAUCCCCGCAUGUGGAGCUGGACGAUUCAGCAUAUGGGUGCUUUCGACAUGACGGCUCUCAUAUCACGGGUUCUCUAUGAGACAGGGUAUGAGAAACUGGGUCUGGUAUGCCACUCGCAGGGUACGGCCCAAACGUUCGUGGCGCUGGCAAAGGACCAACGUCCCGAACUAGGCGAGCGCAUCUCUGUCUUCUGUGCUCUAGCACCAGCCGUAUUCGCCGGACCGCUUGUUGAGCGCGUCUACUUCCGAUUUAUGAGACUAAUAUCGCCCGGAACCUUUCGGCUCAUCUUUGGCAUCCACUCGUUCAUCCCCUUCAUGGUCACCGUUCGACGGUGGCUUCAUGCUCGCAUAUACGGGAAGCUAGGCUACAUUGUCUUCUCCUACCUAUUCAACUGGUCAGACAGCCGAUGGGACUAUGAACUCCGAGAUCGAAUGUUCCAAUUUGCACCUGUCUAUGUUAGCACAGAGACGAUCCGGUGGUGGCUAGGAGCAGACGGCUUCUCAACGCAUCAAUGCAUUCUCGCAACGAAGGAGGCUUAUCUAGCCGAGAUCAACGAGAGCUGCAAUAUCACACGCAGCACACCCCCCCAUUGUUCCACCGCUUGGUACGGGCCUCAAACUCCGCCCUUUGCCCUGUGGAUCGGCGGUUCAGACCAGCUAGUCGAUGGACGCAAACUCUUGCAUCGCCUGGAGAGUGGGCGUGAGCCGCAUGUCCACGUGGUUCAUUCAAAGGUUAUCAAGGAGUACGAGCAUCUUGAUGUCCUCUGGGCGAUGGAUAUGAUUGAGCAGGUCGGACGGGAGGUCCGGCAGAUCCUUUGGGAGACUAUGCCUGCGGAUGCGAGGGUGUUGAGUGUGACACCGAGGGGGGUGGAAUGAAUCACACAAGGACAAAUUGUAUAUGCUCAUUUCUCUUCAUGUAUUUAGCUUUGUACAUAUAUACUUAUAGAUAGAUAGAAC